CUCGGGCAGCCGAGAUUCCACUUGGGAUCCGCCUUUCUGCCAAUCAGCCCCGGGAGAGGGUCCAGUUUAGAAACUAGCCCCGCCCACGGGCCCGCUCAGACCAAUCAGCGGCCAGCAAGAACUCCCGAGCCGCGUGGGUACUGCUGAGAGUCGCUCUGCUCUGCUCUGGAAAAACUGGGACCAGAAGAGCCCAAGGGCAAGAGAGGCUCCUAGGCGGCCGGAGACCCUGAGGAGACAGAAACAUGUAGACAGAGAGAAGGGAGUACCUAGCGACAGUACUGAGACCCCGAGUGAAUAGAGGGAGAGAGUGGGAACACGGGAGCGCAAGGAACCGGAGAUUCAAGGGGAUGCAAAAACGUGGGGUACCCAGGAGACAGAGACCUCGGCCCUAAGGAGAUCUAAGGCAUAGAAAUAGACGUAGAGAACCGGGAGGGUUGAGACGAAGACAGGAGAGAGAUGCCUAUUAUAGCGUCCAACCUCCCAGCCCUGUUUCCCCCAUUCCCGCUACCAUUCCCGGCCCUGGGACUCUUCGCUCCUAGGCCCGGCUCGGGAAGGCACCUGGAACAUUUGUUGCGGAGCCUGGCCUGCUGAGUGCCCGCCACGGGCCAGGUCCCUCGACUCCACCGGGGCAUGGCCAAGUCCAAGCCGCGGAUCCUGCCCUGGCUGCGGGAGCAGUUGGACUCCGGGCACCUGGGCGCCACCUGGAUCAACUCAGAGCGCACGCGCUUCAUCAUUCCCUGGAAGCACGGGCUCCGCCAGGACCUGCAGCGAGAGGACUUCGGCAUUUUCCAGGCAUGGGCAGAGGCCAGCGGCAGCUAUCGGCCUGGUAUCGACGAGCCCGACCCCGCAACAUGGAAGCGGAAUUUUCGGGCAGCCCUGGACCGCAAGAGGAACCUGCGCGUGGUCAGCAACCACAGCAAGGAGCAGCACAAGCCGCACAAGAUCUACGAGUUCCUGUCAAUGGAUGGGGAGGGCUUCGACGCAGACCCCGAUACAGAGGACGGCUGGGAUGACCCCGCCAGGAGCCAGGAGGAACACAUCCAAGAGGUUUUGGGGACUCUAACCCUGUCUCCUGCGGGGCAGCAGCUGUUCCAAGAGCAGCUCCCCAGGGCGCUGGGUCCAGGCCUGCACAGCAACCCCUUGAUGCCCGUUUUUGCUGGUGGCCUCCAGUCCGAGUAUGAAGUGACAGCCUUCUACAGGGGCCGCCAGGUCCUGGCGACCUGCCUAGCCUGCCUCCAAGGCCUUAGGGUGGUAGGGCCAGGACCUGUGGCUGAGGCCUGGCCAGAGCUGGAUGGGACACCACUGGCCCUACCCGAGCCCAGCAGUGCCCUCACUGACCAGCGAGCUGCGCAUUAUGUCAGCAAGGUGCUGGGCAGCCUGGGGGCUGGGCUGGCCCUGUGGUCCUUGCAGAAUGAACUCAGGGCACAGCGCCUGGGCCACUGCAAGGUCCACUGGGCCCUGGGGGAGCAGGCAUCCCCUGGGGCUCCUGGGAGAGAAGUGACCAAGGAAAGAGACGGCCAACAAGUCUGUGACAUUCCAAAGUUUGUGAAUGAACUGAUCUCCUUCCUGGAGGGCAGUCACCGCUCACCCCAGUACACCCUCUGGUUCUGCCUAGGGGAGUCAUGGCCCACGGACUCACAGCCAUGGACCAAGAAGCUCGUCAUGGUCAAGGUGGUACCCACGGCGCUGAAGGCCCUCCAUGAGGUGGCCCAGGCUGAGGGAGCAUCCUCACUCAAAGAGGAGGAGAUUGACCUGCACAUCUCCAGCAGCCUCUCCCUGUCCCUGGCACCUGCCCACCUCCAUGGCUACCUGCAGGAGCUGGCCCACAGCAUGGAAUGGGAGUCUGGGGUUCAGGGCUGAGCCCCUCCCCUGCUCUGCCCCACUCUGCUAUCAGGGACCCCCUUCUCUGAGCUUUCUCCCUCCCUGCAAAAUAAAAGAGUCAACCUCA